CGGCGCCGGGCGCUGCCCGGGGGAUUCGGGCCGGUUCGCGGGCGCUGCCAGUCUUGGGCGGCGGCGUCCGGCGCGCGGGCAGCCUGCUGGGCGGGCUGAGGGCAAACGGCGCGCGGGUGAGGCGGAAAGAGACGGGGCCGACGAACUACAGCAGCGACAGGUUUUCAACUUAUAAAAGACAAUGACUACUGAUGAAGGUGCCAAAAACAAUGGAGAAAACCCAGCAGCAGCUGUUGCUGAACAGGGAGAGGAUAUUACCUCUAAAAAAGAUAGAGGAGUAUUAAAGAUUGUCAAAAGAGUGGGGAAUAGUGAGGAAACACCGAUGAUCGGAGAUAAAGUUUAUGUCCAUUACAGUGGAAAAUUGUCAAAUGGAAAGAAGUUUGAUUCCAGUCGUGAUAGAAAUGAACCAUUUGUCUUUAAUCUUGGCAAAGGCCAAGUUAUCAGGGCAUGGGACAUUGGAGUGGCUACCAUGAAGAAAGGAGAGGUGUGUCAUUUACUGUGCAAACCAGAAUAUGCAUAUGGCUCCGCUGGCAGUGUCCCCAAAAUUCCCUCGAAUGCAACUCUCUUUUUUGAGAUUGAGCUCCUUGAUUUCAAAGGAGAGGAUUUAUUUGAAGAUGGAGGCAUUAUCCGAAGAAUCAAACAGAAAGGAGAAGGCUAUUCAAACCCAAACGAGGGAGCCACAGUAGAAAUCCACCUGGAAGGCCGCUGUGGUGAAAGGAUGUUUGAUUGCAGAGAUGUGGUUUUCAUUGUUGGCGAAGGAGAAGACCACGACAUUCCAAUCGGAAUUGACAAAGCCCUGGAGAAAAUGCAGCGGGAAGAACAAUGUAUUUUAUGUCUUGGACCACGAUACGGUUUUGGAGAGGCAGGGAAGCCUAAAUUUGGCAUUGAACCUAAUGCUGAGCUUAUAUAUGAAGUUACACUUAAGAGCUUCGAAAAGGCCAAAGAGUCCUGGGAGAUGGACACCAAAGAAAAAUUGGAGCAGGCUGCCAUCGUCAAGGAGAAGGGAACUGUGUACUUCAAGGGAGGCAAGUACCUGCAGGCGGUCAUUCAGUAUGGGAAGAUAGUGUCCUGGCUCGAGAUGGAAUACGGCCUGUCCGAAAAGGAAUCGAAAGCUUCCGAGGCGUUCCUGCUCGCUGCCUUCCUGAACCUGGCCAUGUGCUACCUGAAGCUCCGAGAAUACACCAAAGCUGUGGAGUGCUGCGAUAAGGCCCUGGGACUCGACAGUGCCAAUGAGAAGGGCUUGUACCGGCGGGGGGAAGCCCAGCUGCUCAUGAACGAGUUCGAGUCAGCCAAGGGCGACUUCGAGAAGGUGCUGGCAGUGAACCCCCAGAACAAGGCCGCGCGGCUGCAGAUCUCCAUGUGCCAGAAGAAGGCGAAGGAGCACAACGAGCGGGACCGCAGAAUCUACGCCAACAUGUUCACCAAGUUUGCGGAGCAGGAUGCCAAGGAAGAGGCCAGUAAAGCAACGGGCAAGAAGACUUUAGGAGGGGUCACCAAUGAAAAAGAAACAGGAAGUCAAGCAGUGGAAGAAGAGAGAGCCAGGGGCCAUGUAUGACACCAGGCAAAGGAGGGAAGAGCCUCUGAACUCGGCCCUCCUCCACGGGCUUUCCCCAACUCAGGACUCAGCAGUGUUCAAUGUCAAGUUCAUCAUAGUCUCUGUGAUUCUGGAAGCAACAGGCAAAACCAGUAGCUUCCCCCAGACCACACCCUGCUGCUGCUCAGCACUCUCACCAAGGGGUGGCAGGGACCACUCCGGGGAGACAACAGACGGCUGCCGGCCUGGAGACAGCCAACAGCGGAAGUCCAGCUCAUUUCAGUUGAUGUCAACUUUCACUGCCCAAUUCAGGGUCCCUUGAGAUAAUCCUAACAAUUUGGGGCUAUUAGGUUUUACAUUUAAUUGAAUUUUAAUAGCAAUUCAGAAACCUGAAAAUAAAUGCUUAAUGAAUUUCUCCUUUCUUACAGUUGGAUGAGGGAAAGGAGGAUGAAGUUGUUGUU